CACAGGAAGAUCACACCAUCCCUCACCAUCAUCAGGUAGGUGGAGAUGAGUCCUGAACUCCAAAUACGAGAGUUCUCCAAAAAGUUUCCACACUUAAAAGUGCGGAAACUUUUUGAAGACCCCUCGUAGAAACAAACUGUGAGACCUGAAGGAGGUUGUUUUGUGUAUUAUAAGCCGACAUCCCUCCGUUCAGUAAACCAGGACAUUUCUGUUUUCUAAUUGAGGGUGUAAUUCGGUGCAACGUUAAAAUUGAAGUUGAAAAGGAAGACGAGACGUAUCCAAUGGGAGAACAGCUGUUUGACGAGGAAAACGUGACUUUACAGAAUACAAAUGGAUUCAGGAACAGAAACUCUCCAGAGAGAUGUCCCCGUCCUCUGUAUUCCUGGGAUUCCACACAGGAAGCUCAUGAGAUCCCUCACCAUGACCAGCCGGAGACCCUGGAUGACCUAAAUAUAAUUGUGAAAGAAGAAGUGCAGGAAAAUCUAGAUGUUAAAGAAGAAGAGGAGGAGGAGGAGAUUGCAAUACCAAUGAUGACUGACGAGGAGGAUAUUCCGGCAGAGAUUGGCGCUGAUGGACAGUAUGUCAAAACGACCUCUGAGGGACGGAGCUCAUCUCUGGAUUGUGAUAUGGAUGAGGAUGAUUUCCCGGAAGACAAUCUCGUUAAGAUAUACACAUGCCCUGAAUGUGAUAAAUGCUUCAGCCAGAACUCCACGCUCCUUCAGCAUCGCCGAACCCACACCGGCGAAAAGCCCUUCCUGUGCCCGGAAUGUGGAAAAAGCUUCACGCGCAAGUCCAUCCUGGUUGAGCAUCGGAGGAUCCACACGGGCGAGAAGCCUUUCUCGUGCUGGGAGUGCAGGAAAUGCUUUACGCAGAGGUCGGGGCUCAUUCUGCAUCAUAAAACUCACGGGGGGGCAAAGAAAUUCCCUUGCUCGGGGUGCGGGGCUUUUUUCAUGCCCAUCACCAACUUCGAGAUGGGGGAACAGACCUUCUGCUUCAAGUGCCGGAAGCUGUUCCCGCCGGUCGCCCACCUCUCCGAGGAGGAGAAAACAUUUGACUGCACAGAGUGCGGGAAGUGCUUUUCACGGAAGUCUACGCUUCUCGAACAUCAGAGAGUCCACACGGGGGAAAAGCCUUAUUCGUGUUCCGAGUGCGACAAAAGCUUCACCCGCAAAUACAUCCUGGUGGAGCACCAGCGAAUUCAUACCGGGGAAAAACCUUUUUCUUGUUCUCAGUGCUGGAAGAGUUUCUCAAAAAGUUCCGGACUCCUCAUGCACCAGAAGAUUCACGCACUCGAAAAGACUUUCCCGUGUUUGGGGUGUGGGAAAGAUUUCACACAAAGGUCGAAAACUUCAUCAGGGGAAGACGAGAGCUCCUGCCCUGAGUGCAAGACCUCUUCUACCAGGAACCCUCGGAGGCCACCGAAGCUUCAUACUUGUACAGAGUGCUCAAAGACUUUCCGGUACAAGUCGUAUCUUAUUACGCACCUGAGGUCCCACACCGGAGUGAAGCCGUUUACGUGCCCCGCGUGCGGGAAAUCUUUCACUCAGAAAUCCGGCUUUGACACGCAUCAGAAGGUCCACACGGGCGAGAAACCAUUUUCUUGCCUUGACUGCGGGAGACGUUUCACGCAGAAGUCCAAGCUUGUCUACCAUCAGCGGGGGCACAGCAAAGAGAGACCAAGAAGGACAGCAUCAAGUGACCCAAGGGCAGAAGAUGUUUUAGACUUGAGCUAAGGGGUAUGUAUAUUAGACAUGUGCAGACUGGAAUAUUUCGUUUCGUGUUU